GGUCCGGGCCUGGGCGCCUCGGGGGCCUUGUCGCCCAAGCCUGGGACCAUGGACAAACACAUCACUCCGGGGGAGCUGCUGUGUCUGGGCUCCAGCCUUGCCUUCUCUGGCCUCUUCUACUACCUGUACAGGAGGAAAGCCAGAGUCGUGGCACGCAUACAGGAGGCCCCAAAGCUCCAGGUUGAUGACAAUUUGCCAGCGCUGGUGUCUGCAGCUGAGGGGAGGUGCCUGCCUUACGUUGCCCUGGAAGGCAUAGUGCUGCCAGCCCAGGCUGCACUGACCAGCCACUACCAUGAGGGGCUGCAGGGCGUGAUCCAGAAACUGCUGCUGAAGGAGCAUCGGCUGAUCUGGAACAGCUUGGUCCGAAGCUGCAGGAACAAGGCAGUGAUCAUCCCCUUGUACUCAGCACUGGUGAGGCUACACCUCGAGUCCUGUGUCCGGUUCUGGGCUCCUCAACUCAGGAAGGCCAUUGAGCUGAUAGAGAGCGAGAGUGAGCGGGUGCUCUCAGAGCAGAUCUACACUGUCCCCUUCCUGCUGGCCUCACCAGUCCCUGAGGCAGUGACACAGGUGAGUGUGGACAGCCCGCUCCAAGCCGUCUGCCUGCCCCUGGAGAUGGUGUACGAGCGGUUCCAGCAGCCAACCCAUGGCCUGCGCGACCUGUUGGGCCAGUACCUGAUCGGGGAGAAGCCCAAGGGCAUCCUGGAGACGGAGGAGAUGCUGCGGGUGGGGGCCGGGCUGACGGGCAUUGGGGAGCUGUCCUUGCACCCCGAUGGCUCCCUGCACCUCCAGCCGCCCGCCCAGGGAGGCGAGUUUUUCCUGUGCCUGGGGGACUGGCAGACGGUGCUGUCGGAGCUGGAGGCGGCCAGCGGGCUCUGGAAAGGGGCAGCGCUGCUGUGCGCGGCAGCGGGGCUGGCUGUCCUCCUGCACGCCCUGUGCCGCGCCUACCGCCGCCCCCGCCCCGGUGCCCCUGUGUGCCAGCCCAUGCCCGUGGCCUCCACCCGCUCCCCCCAGGGCUGCCAGCCCGCUCCGCCUGCCUCCCUGUCUGUUGUCAUGGUGACCAGAUACGUGGUGACAGGGAGAGACACUGUCCCUCCAGGGGGUAGCCUCAUCUUCCCACAGCAGCAGCUGCAGGAACAACAGAGGAUGAGCAUCACGCCACUCUUGCACACUUGCACUGGGCUCACCCACAGGACAGAUGCCAAGCAGGACACCUGUCCCCCAACAUCUCUCAGGAUCUGGCUUAGCUGCAACACAGGACCCCCACAUGAGCAGCAGGACCUGGACGGGCACCCCGUGGUUGGGGGCACCCCCGACCGCCUGGGAAAGGCUGUGCCGGGGGGAGCACGCUGCUCUGGGGCCGGGGCGGCCGUGCGGCAGGCAUCCCCGGCAUCCCUGACACUGGCUCCUCCAUCCCUGGCGCUGCCCCACGGCAUCCCCGAGACCCCCGGAUCUGUCCUUUUAUCCCUGGCGCUGACUCCUGCAUCCCCGGCGCUGCCCCACGGCAUCCUCGGAACCCCCGCAUCUGUCCUACACCACGCUGUUCCCCUAGUGCUGCCCUGCAACAGCCCCCGCCUCAUGCCGGGACUACCCCUGGGAUUACCCUACAGCAUUCCUGGGGCUGCCCCGGGACCAUCCCCCAGCACCUCCUGGUGGGGGCUGGGUCCAGCAGCACCCCCCGGGGUGAUGGGAGGAUGGCUCUCCCUCGGUGGUGUUGGGGGGGUCCAUCUGCUCUCCCGUGAUUCUGGUGAUGGGUGGGGGGAGGUCUUGUUAAUCCACUCCCAGGAGGGUGAUGUGGGGAUUACUGGCCCCCCAAGUAGUGAUACUGGAGUGGGGGUCUGCCCACCACCCCCAGAGCAGUGGUGA